AUGUUGUUCAAGACUGUCCUCCUGCUGGCCAGUUCCCUGACUGCAAGCGUCAUGGGAGCUGCUCUGCAGGGCCAUAAUGAAUGCGGUACUCCAGAGCCCACCGAGGAGCAAAAACAGAUUGCCCAGCAGAUGCUCUUGAAUGAGACCAUGCUUCGCAUUGCUGGAGUUGCGCCUGGGCCAGACGUCAAUAUCCCAGUAUAUGUUCACAUUGUUGCCAUUGACAAGACCACCAAGGGGGGGUGGGCAAAUGAAGAGGAUGUUCGUACAACCAUCGCCGAGAUGAACCAACAUUACAAGGGCAUGGGUUUCCAAUUUACUCUGAAGGAGAUCGACUACACCAUUAAUAAAGACUGGGCGAUGAGCAAAGGCGAGAUAAAGAUGAAGACUGCACUCCGCAAGGGGGACUACAAGACUCUUAACAUUUAUUAUACCCCUAAAAUGACGUCUAAUGGGUACAGCUACUAUCCUGAAAAGGUAACACCUGGCUCUCAAAAGUUUUACCGAGAUGGUUGUGUAGUGCGGACAGAUAUCAUGAGAAACAAGCAGACUGCAACCCAUGAGGUUGGUCACUGGCUAGGUCUGUUCCAUACGUUUGAGUCAGGGUGCGAGGGUGGUGGUGAUAUGGUCGAUGACACCCCUGCGCUCAAGAUUGGCUGGGACUGUGAUGAGAAUCUGGACACUUGUCCCGAUCUUCCAGGUAAAGACCCAGUUCAUAAUUUUUUGAGCUACGGCGAUUGUCGAAAUGUCUUUACUCCGGGUCAGGGUGCGCGCAUGCGCAGCCAGUAUGACCUUUACCGGAAGUGA